AGUUCCACGUCAAGCGGCCUAAUUUGACGUCAUAUCCGGGACAUCAUUUUGCAUUUCGCGCACGAACUGCAGAGACUACUGACAGCCUGACGGCUAGCUCACAUUUCCAUCAGACUCAGAAAGAGUUUCACUCCCAGCUGUAAACAAUGGCAAACCAGCAGAUGGACAUCCUUACCAAGGUGUUGGAGCAGGUGGAGGAGAAGGUGGAUGCACAGCUGAGCAAACUGAAUGACCUGGAUGAUGAUGAUUUGGAUAGACUGAAGGAGAGGCGAUUAGAGGCACUCAAAAAAGCCCAGAAACAGAAGCAGGAGUGGUUGUCUAAAGGCCACGGGGAGUACAGAGAAAUCUCAAGUGAAAAAGACUUUUUCGGCGAGGUCAAAGAUAGCAAGAAUGUUGUCUGCCACUUCUACAAAAGUUCCACCUUCAGAUGUAAGAUCCUCGACAAACACUUGACUAUCUUGGCAAAGAAGCACGUUGAGACUAAAUUCAUCAAACUGAACGUGGACAAGGCCCCCUUCCUGACAGAUAGGCUGCGGAUCAAAGUCAUUCCCACCAUGGCCCUGCUCACAGAUGGAAUAACAAAAGACUAUGUGGUGGGCUUCGCUGAUCUGGGAAACACAGACGAGUUUCCCACAGAGAUGCUUGAGUGGAGACUUGGCUGUGCUGAUGUCAUCAACUACAGUGGUAACCUGAUGGAGCCUCCGACAGUGAACAAAAGAACAGGAACAAAGUUCACAAAGGUGGAGAAGAAAACCAUCAGAGGUCGAGGAUAUGACUCAGACUCUGAUACUGAUGACGACUGAGAAGCACUGACAGUCGUGUGGUUUUCUCUCCCAGGGCUACCUCACCGUAAAUAAAAAGUCCAGCAGACGGCCCGCUUUGAUUUUUUUCAUCCCUUUUUCUCAUCAACAAGCUGUUAGAAUUUUUGUUUCAAUCUCAUGUAGUGACUCCUCUCCUGUGUUUUAUAUUUAAAUACUUAAAAAUGACAAACAUGCAUUUCAUCAGUCUGUAGAGGGCACAUAAGGUGUCAGCAAACGUUUUGCUUUAUUAUUUUAUUGUUUAUGACAUUUUAUGUUUUAACCUUUUGAACCUGUGUGAAAUCCAGUUGCCAAUAAAACUCUGUAAAUAUU